CUGCUAAGGAAGUUCUUCGGUUAUGAUAUUCAUCCAGAUGCUGUGAGUACAACCAACACCCUUUAUGUAGGAGCAAGAAAUACAUGAUUACAGCAAUGAUGCUGAAAGGAAAGAAGAUGCUGAUAUUCAUACUCCUAGUUACCUAUUCUAAGACAAUGGCUAUGAAGCCUUAUCCAAGAACUGGCAUGCUGUCUGACAGCAACAUCAGUUAUUGCUUGAGCUGGAGGUUGGCAGUGGAGGCAAACAAUUUACGUGCAUGGCGCACGGUCCCAUCUCAAUGCCUACGCUAUAUCGAAAUCUAUAUGAUUGGGGGACAGUAUGACAGGGACAUUGGACUGAUUGUGGAGCAAAUAAUGAGUUAUGUGAAUGAGAUAACCCUCUCCAAUGAUGGCAUGGAUGCUUGGAUUUUUGAUGUUGAUGACACCUGCAUUUCUAAUGUGUUUUACUACAGGGGAAAGAGAUAUGGGUGUGACCCAUAUGAUCCAAGUGGUUUUACAGCAUGGGCGAUGAAAGGAGGGUGUCCAGGAAUUCCAGCAGUCCUUGAAUUAUUCAACAUGUUAGUUGAAAGUGGCUUCAAAGUAUUCCUUAUUACUGGCAGGAACCAAGACACCCUUGGCCAGGCCACCAUAGAUAAUUUGCAUAAUCAAGGUUUCAGAGGCUAUGAGCAGCUGAUUAUGAGGACAGCAGCCAACAAAGGACAAAGUGCAGUGACCUUCAAGUCAGAGAUGAGGAGGCAACUAACAGAAGCAGGGUACAGAAUAUGGGGAAAUGUUGGUGACCAGUGGACUGAUCUUCAAGGAGAAUGUUCGGGAAAUAGAAGUUUUAAGCUCCCUAAUCCCAUGUAUUUCGUCCCUUAAAAUAAAUUCCAUG